AUGCGAACCUCUCCUUUUAUCAUUGAGCGUGUAAGUUACUGGCUGAAUUCGUUCAGUCUUGCUGAAUUGGUAUUUGUUUUAAAUGAAGAUGCACGUAUUCCUCCAUUUGAUAAAUUUCGUAUAUCAAAAAUAGCAACAGCAGUUCGCCAUAAAUUUAUGUCUGAUCAACCAGAUGAAUGCGUGAAAAUGUUAAUUGACGAUUUAUCGACUGCAUACUGUCAAACUCGUCCAAUGCACAAGCAGAAUUCAUUAUCAUCUAUAAUGGUGCAUCAAAAUGAUCAUUUAUUAGUGCCAUUUCGAACAUCUUGUCCGACUUGUAAUCGUAGCUUAGAUGCAUCAGAUGCUAUUCAGAAAAGAGUUCGUUUGUAUCGUCAAAAUGGUUCUGUCGUUAUCGGUAUUAUGUAUACGUUGAACUGUCAACAUAAAGACUCAACAUCUAUCACGAAUAAUGAUAACUCACCAAUAUCAAUAUAUCCAAAUUUUACUCGCGGCAAUAAAUGCAACGUGUAUACUCACAAUAGUUUACAUCAUGGUGAUUACAUAUAUUUAGGUGGUGAUAUUGCAAUUGAACGUUCUAUCAUCGAUAGAUAUACAGCACAAAUUGUUCAUAAUGGUCUGUCUAUGAUUGGCUUAGCAAGUACCGUGAAUCAGGAAGCUUUUAACCUUGGAAAUCAUCAGCUGGCGCCUAUUGAACGACGCUUAUUAAGUAAUAUACUUCAUGCAUAUCUCAUUAUUCAAUUUGAUUUGUCCAUGGGCAAUGCUUCUGUAUCAACUCCUGAUUCUUUAGAACACUUUAGUCAAUGGGGAUGGGAACAAUUUCCUCGUCUUUUAACUUACUUUGUUUAUUUAUGGACGAAUCAUCGCACACUAAUUGGUUCAUGCGGUGAGCAUUGCUCGAAGUGUUUAGUUGUCGAUGGUCACCAAAAGAGUCGACGUCGUAUAUGUGCAUUCAAAGAUGUCAAAGUCGACACACAAGAAAUGACAGAUCUGGUGAUCGGAUGUUGUCGAACCCCUAUUCGAUCAUCUCGUUUCUGUCAGCUUCAUAACAAUGAGACCGCUAUUUCCAGAACAGUGCAAUCAAAGCAUGUACUAAAAAAACAAAAGUUGAACAGAAAAUUCAUUCGUAGAUUACCUAAAAGAUUGCAUGAGACAACUGGUCAUUUACAUGUAACUGGUUGUCGAACAUUGAAAGAAACAUCGGAUGAAUACGUGAAAAUGUUAAUUGACGAUUUAUCGACUGCAUACUGUCAAACUCGUC